AAUUGGUUCAUCAUAGCUUGUGUUCAAUGGCUCUUCGUAUACUUAAUCUUGCAGCACAACUUCUCUUGGUCCUAAUUUCAUCAAGGAUCCAGCUCUCAACAUGUCAAGCUCUCAAGGCCAAGGUGUCUUGCCUCGACUGCAAGACCCUUUACGACUUCUCAGGAAUUAUGGUUUCGGUGAAGUGUGACAAGGUGAAGAAGCUAUCUAUGGCAACUGCAAACGAAGACGGUUCGUUUGCGGUUGAUCUUCCCUCAGAACCCACCAAGAAACCCAUGAACUGCCUAGCAAAGCUUGUUGGUGGACCUAGUGAGAUUUAUGCUUCAAAGAAAAACAUGGUGUCGGAGAUUGUCAAGGCUGGCGAUGAAACUACUACUGGGUUCUACACCAUCUCUACCCUUCUUGCCUUCUCCACCAAGUGCCCUUCAAAGGCCAUGAAAUGUGGCUUUGCCUCAUCUAAGACAGUUGAUCUGCCUCUGCCACCCGAAUGGGGCCUCGCUCCUUCUAGCUACUAUGUUCCUUUCGUCCCCAUCAUAGGUAUCCCUUGAAUGUUUGAAUCUAAAGGAACCUGAAAAAAUGGAAUUAUAUAUACAUAUAAGUUGUCUACGUGUGGUUUUGUGUGAGAGAAUGUGUGCUUAAUGCUUAUGUUUGGUGUAGUUGUAGCAGUGUGUGUGUAGUAAUUCGUAGCUGAUGAAUUAUGUAUUGUCUUUCUUGUCCACUACAUUAAGGGGUACCACUACCAGUUACUGUUUCACUCUCUAAAGUUGUAAUAGAUAGAUAUUAAUGCAAUGAACUAAAGUCGUAUUUAUUA